UUACAGAUAGCCACACAUCCAAGCUGCCCUGAAUAACAUCCACUAGCUCGGCUGCUGCUCCUCCUUCCCCAUUCUCCAAUAUCAGAAUUGGAGGGCUUCUGGUGCAGCGCCGCGCUCAAUGCCGGGCAGCAUCCGAAUCUCAGACAUUCGACCACCGGUCACAGCUCCACUCUUCUUGCAAGUUAAUGUAGGGAAAAAAGAGUACAUCGGAGACAUAGGGCAAGAUGGAUUCUCCCUUCCUGUUACAUCGAUUCGUGAUAGCAUGGUGAUGACGCUGUACAAUGCAGACAAGGAAUUGGUAUCCAAAACAGAGGUGAAGACAAAGUUGAUUGUUGAGUUGGGAACAAUGGAUGUUAUUUUUACUCUUGAUAGUGGAGGGACAAUUAUUCUCCAGUUGCAGUUUUUUCUCAGUGAUGAAGAUCGCAAGCGCAUCCAAGAGAUGAGGAACUCUGUGAUGAAAAGAAAGCAGCAAGAGCUACUUGGGAAUGGCGAUGAAUUUUAUUUCCAAGAAGAUAGCCCACUGCCUAAAGGGCAUGCAGAAGAUAUCCCCGGCAUCCCAAGCAAAGAUGACCAAUUGACGCUUCAGAAGAGCAUGUCGUUGGAUGAUCUGAAAAAUAGGGUCUUCUUCUCCGAAACAAGUGUAGAUUCUGACAUGGUGGCUUCUAAGGACAUACCACUGCAAAUUGGUGGCAAUACUUCGAUGCUCGAAGGUCCCAUCGACAUCGAUUCCGAGAAAGGACAGGGUAAACCAAAGAGUAGAUCAAGCAGCGUGGUGAAGAAGAUGAUAAGUGCCUUCGAAAGCAGCUCCCCACAGGGUCUGCCUUUGGUGCCAAGGAUCAGAUCAGAGAGCUCGUUGGAAGAGAUGCCGUCGGUUUCUUCUUCAGAGACUUCCACCAACCCUUCACGCAAGCCUCCUACUCCCGGUGCAUCAGUGGACGCUCCAGGCCGCACCCAGACAGGGCCCGGGCCAGGGAAGCAAGCCAUGAUCAUCGGCAACAAGAAACCGAGCACAUCUUUUGGAAAGACCGGCCCGUUAAACACACAAGAAAGCCGAAGACGGAGCUCCAGGCAGAGCGCAGGAGCGAGCGACAUGAUUCGCUCGGAGAAGCGGUCAGCGGAAAAGCGCCGGCGUCGCUCCAUCUGCACCUACUCAUCGGAGCAGCAGGUGAACCCUUGUGGUGCGACGUCUGUCGUCGCGUGGAUCAACCAUCCGCACGUCUGCAUCACCACUGCGAGCAGGCAGCUGAAAGACAUUGUUGACGUCGAGCACCUGAAUUCCAUGGAGAACUUAGGGCAGGGCGCAGGUGACGGCGCGGCGCGGCGGUCUGAUGGUUUCCCGGUGCUGAAUGGGUGGUUGAUUAACCAGGGUGUGCGUGGUGUGAUAGUGAUCAUAGCCUGCGGAGCUGUGUUUUUCAACAACAGGUGAAGAAGAACGCUCUUAUAUUUCUUUACGGAGGGAGUAACUAAUAUCAGAAGCUGCGACCGAUGAGGCAUUGAGAUGCAGUGCAAUUUGUUUGUGUUGACGACUUGCUGUUGCUUCAUACUCCACCAUGAUGACUCGCAGUUCAUGUCAGAAGUUGCGAUGGGAUGAGUGCGGAGUAAAUAUGUAAAUCAUACUGGGAUGAAGAUGAACUGUCAGGUUCUAGCGCGGCCUUCUGCCACCGCGUCCCUUUGGCCGUACGCCAUGCUUUGGGAUGUCUGCCCGGUGUUUGGACUUUGUGGUCAGGCCGGAUGGUCCCGAGUCGCCUCGGUUGGUGCAAAAGACGGGGAGCUCUGAAAUGAGGGAGGCUCACCACUAGACUGGACUGCUGUAGAAUAAUGAAGUUGUCACUGCCUGAUUGUUGGUUUGGUUCCUCUCUGCUAAGAGAAAGGCUUGAUUGGACUCUUUAGUUAGUUGAUUGUGUCGUACGUGUGCUACUGUUAUUAUGCUCUUAUAAGUUAGUGCGAUGCCGAGAGGCCUAUCUCGAGCAGUUUUAUUUAUGUGGACUUCUUGCUUGUGUUGCUCUAUGCUUCUUCAACAUAAGGAUUUGGUUUGUCUCAAA